CCUCACCUCAUCACACUCUCCUCGCGCAGUCCACGUAUCCUUUCAUUCCCACUCUUUCUCUGCUAAUCUACCUACCGCUCUACGGUGGACUGAAAUUCCAUGUCACGUAGCGGCUACUCGGCACUCCCCGUCUCCCAGGAGUCGCACUACUCUGCAGCUGAGGAUGAGAUGGAACGGGCGUUUGAGUCAGACGACGAGGAUCAUGAGAAUACCCCUCUAGCACGGAUCCCUGUGCCUUCGGUACAACCUACCGAACCCACACAACCUCGAGAAGGAACCUACGAUUUUGAGAGGGAGUACGAGUACGAUCGCCCUCCCCCAGGUAGUCCACCAGCUUCAACACCACCAACUACUGCGUUUGGAAACUCCAAUGGAAUUAUUCCCUCACCAUCAGAUAUCCUAAGAAGAGAACCAAGGACCCAUGGGGCGAAACCGUCUUUCUUCCGCAGAGCUGUUGGUGCGCUGUUACCACAGCACUACGCACGUAUCCCAUCGUCGGAACCGGAAGUUCGCGGAAGCGGGUUAGAGAACGAUGGUGUUUUCUCGAACGUUUCCGCUCGACCGACUCCUCCCAGGACGGUGCAGGAUGACAAUGGGGAUGUUCAUGUCAUGCCAGAGGAUGCGCAGAGCGACGUACCACCCUCCUACGCCGCUGCUCAAGCAGAUUCCGCUCCUCCAUACUGGGAGACGACUAUCCAUGCGCCUUCUCUCGGAGGUGCAGAUGACUUCCUCAUUGAGGGCUUACCAGCCGGGACGAUCUUCUCAUUCGCAUGGAACUUUUUGAUAUCCGUCUCCUUCCAGUUUGUGGGAUUCAUGCUCACAUACCUACUACACACGUCGCAUGCGGCAAAAUAUGGCUCGAGAGCUGGGCUCGGUGUCACGUUGAUCCAAUAUGGUUUGUUCUCCAAAGCAUCAGGCGAGGACAUUUUUAGGGAUGGGAAUGAUGAAGAAGUUGGUACUACGUCGCUGAGCGGGAAGAUACGUCGAUUUUGGGCUACGACAUCUGAUGACCAGGAAGGAAAUCCCCCUAUGUGGAUAUCUGGUAGUGCUAUGCAUGAUUGGAUAUCGUUCCUUUUGAUGACUGUUGGUUGGGUUCUCCUUCUAUCCUCUAUCCUUGGUUUUGCGCGUGUAAAGAGAUGGGAACGAAGCAUUCGAACACCAACACCUCCGCCUGUGAUCACUCCCGAAGAUCAGCAACGCGACGAAGAAGUACGGCAACAUCUACGGGAUGUCUUUGGGUUCGACGUGAUUACAGCGGAGGAUAUCCAAGAAGAGAGCCCUACGGAGACAGAACACCCAAACCCGAAUCAGAAUCCACAUGCCGCGCAAGUCGAGGAAAGAAUGCGGCGAGACUUGCGUGCGAUGGGGCUUAUCUAAGUACAAUAAUGUUUAUACGUCUACAUACAAUGCUGUCCUGCUGCUUACCAGUACAUCUGAUGUCUUUGUGCCUUUAUCCCAUUCCCUCGGUUGUCCAAAUGUCUAAAUCACCUUCGUUACUUAUCGCUCAUCACUUAUCAAUGCUGUGUACUUUCGUCUUUUGUGGACGUUGCGGUUUUCUCUUUGUAUAACAUUUUUACUUUGUGCAUUACUCGCUCUCAACAUUACACUAGCAUUAUCAUGACAAUAAUAAACAAAUAUCGACACCAGAGUCG